UCCUUUUCUCCAUCCAUUCUCCAUCCACCCCCUCCCCUCCCUCUCUCUUUCCUCCCCCUAAUCCCUUCUCAUUCGCUUCCUUCCCUUCCCCAUUCACCUGCCCAAUCGUUCUAAGCACUCCUCGUUCUUCUUCUCCCUAUUCUUCUUCUUCUCCUCCUCCCCGUUAACGUUCUGAUCCUAUCCUAUCACACUUCCCUCCCGAGACCUCGCUCACCUUGCUUCCCCCUACCGACGCAGUAUUGACGACCCUAUCCCCACGCAUUCUUCCUUUUUAACACUCAACAAAACCUUCAAAGCGCAUACCGCACGCCGUUUUUAUUUUCUUUUUUUUCACGCCUCAUCUGUUUAUCACUUUCAUAACCUCCAAGGAUAUUUAACCAUGGCCGCGACAGUAAAGGCAUGGCAUCGCGACGAUUGCCGUCGACUCUCCAUCAACAUCGAGCAAAUCCACUACCAGGACCUCAAAGACAAGCUCCAGAAUACGUUCCAGCUCGAUAACGAUUUCACAGUCAAGUAUGCAGACCUCGACGGGGACCUCUGCACCAUCAGUGGAAAUGAAGAAUUCGAGGACCUCGUCAAUUCGGACCUAGUCAAGGAACGCAAGAGCACGCUUCGCUUGCAGGUCAUUUCCAACACUGGAAGCUUCAGUAGUCGUCCCAACAGUCGUCGACCGAGUAUUCUGAAUCAACGCGAUUCUUUCGACCAAUCAGAUCCAAGGCUGAACACUAGCAUCUUCGACGGCGAGUACACGGACUGCGACAUGCUCGAGAUCCUUCGCGACAUCAGUCUUUUUAUCUGCGCCCGUGGCAUGGAUCGACACGGCGAGCAUGAUGCUAUGGCAGACCUCCCACCAGGCGCAUCGUCUUGGGUCUCUGCUGAAAAGAAUCUCAUCACACCGACAAUGGCACAGAACUUCCAGCGACUGAGCUACGCCAAAGCCGUCCGUGCAAAGUUCCCAAUGUCGAACGGCACCGACCUGCUGAAGGGACUUGAUGGCCAUGUCUAUAAGUGGUCCGUCGAGACUACUGGUCAAUGGCUGAUCAACAACGGGUACGAGGAUGCUGUCCAAUCCUUCAAAGACCAUGAUAUCACAGGAGACGUGCUCCUGGACCUGACACACGAUACCCUCAAGGACAUGGGCAUGGCCUCGACAGGACGCCGGAUCCGACUCCUCAAGAUGAUCGCAGAGCUCCGACUUCUUGUUGCGGACCUCACCAUCCAGGAGGCCACAGACGAAGCCCAAGCGCUUGAAAAUCUCGCCAUCAACUGAGAACCUCACAACAAGAGCUCACACUCCCCCCUUCAUUCUGAGAAAUACUUUGUUUCUUUUUCC